UCGAAUCGAGUGCACUGAAUUGGUGAACUCCCUUCUCUUUGUAUAUACCACACAUGUAUUUCUUUGUAUGUUGAUAGGGACGAUAGAAAUACGUCGUACUUGUAUAUAAAAACACAAUCGGCUUUUGGUGGAAUCAUUGUCUCCGCAUUGUCUUCAAGAUGAAGUUGUACGCAUUCCUCGCUGUUAUAUUGGCCAUAUUCGCUUUGGCUUUUGCAAACCCUAAACCCUUGCCGAAUCCAGAACCCUUACCCGGAGGCGGCGGCGGCGGUGGUGGCGGAGGUGGUCGUUACGGCGGCGGCGGCGGUGGCGGUGGUGGUGGUGGCAAGUAAACUCCCAGCAAUUCAAGCAGAUGUAUAAUAAAUGAAAUAUAAUCUUGUUGGGCGACUCUUUGGAUACGAUUUAAAAAAAAAAAAUUAGUUUAAAAAUAA